AUGACGCGCUGAAACAGGAAGUCGACUCUUUUCGGGAGAGGGUGGCCAUCUUGGAAAUCCGGGUGCUGGAGGAACCGCCUCAGUCCAACCCAACUCAGAGCCUGUCAGCAGACAUUGCAGAAAGAGAUCAGGAAAUGAUUGAAAUCUCCAUCCAGGACAGUCUAAAGCGACAACUGCACGAGGCCGAGGCUGCCCAUGCAGAGACAGUGUUCGAACUGGAGAAGACACGCAACAUGGUCAUUUUACAGCAUCGCAUCAAUCGGGAUUAUCAGGUGGAGCUGGAGAAGAUGCUGACGCAGUCCAGACAGGAGAAACAAGAACAUGAGGACCAGCGGAAGCAGAUGGACCAGCUUCUGGACCUGCGCAAUGCCCGUAUUCAUCAGCUGGAAGAGAAGUUGAAGGACGUGGCAUAUGGAACAAGAGUUGUCCGACUUCGGCCACCUGACACUGACGUUGACGACGAAGGAGUCCCUAGCAAACUUCUGAGAUUGCAACAUGGAGAGAACCUCUUUGAGUUGCACAUCUCUGGGGCAAUCCUGUCGGCCGAGGCCGUCCAACGUCUGGGAGACCCCGAACUUCUUACCUUUUGUACCUAUGCCUUCUACGACUUCGAGACCCACUGCACGCCUCUGGCCCACGGUGUUCGGCCCCGCUACAACUUCACUUCCCAAUACGUGGUCCGGGUUGACCCUUUCUUCAUGCAGUACUUGCAAGGGGCCACUUCUCGCCUGGACCUCCACCUGGCCUCUGCUGUGGACCACAUCACCCUGGCCUCCUGCUGGUUGCAUUUUGGCCAAGUGCUGAACAGGGAAGAACAAGUUCGUUGCACAGCAGUCUUGCGUGGUCCCAAAGGCGAGGAUUAUGGUCUUUUGGAAUACGGGUUGAAGCUUCACUUUCCGUUCAAACAGAUUUCGCAGCUGCCCCGCUAUCAAAGUCAAACGCGGACACCUCUCUCAGUAGGAACUCCAGUUGUAGCCCCGCAGAGCUGGCAACCGCAAGGCGACAGAAAGACCGAAGGCGGAAGCCGGAAUGAGCUGUGCAUCCAGAUCAAGAGCUGUGCCAAUUUGAGAAGCCGUUGGAUUGGCUCACGGCCCAGCCCAUAUGCCAUGUACCAGUUCUUCACCUUCCCGGAUCAUGACACGCCCAUCACUCCGUUGAGCAACCACCCCGACUUUGAAGAUGUGAAGACGUUUGCUCUGCACAUCACUCCUGAGCUGCACCAUUAUUUGCUCGUGGAGAGUUUGUGGGUCUAUGUGUUUGACGAUGAGGAAGAGGAACCUGGAAGCUACUUGGGCAAAGCCCAAAUCCCACUGGUACCGUUAGCGCAUGGGCAUAGCAUCAAAGGAGACUUUGACCUCAUGGACCCUGCAGGGAAGCCCAAUGGCUCCAUCCACCUCAGCCUAGAAUGGAAGGCCCUUUAUUUGGCUCCUGAAGAUGUUCGCUACAAGGCCCUCCAAGCACAUUCCUUGGAGAUGCAGAUUGCUGAUGAGCAAAACCUGUUGCACAGACAGGUGACUGAAAAACACCUUCAGAAAAUCAAAAGGAUAAAAAACGAAGUGGAACUCCUUCCUGCCCAAGUGAUUCCAACACGAGAACUCAAGAGAAGGAGGAUAAAGAAGAAAGUGGUCAAAACUAUACCCAAGAUGGAGGUGGAAGAGAGGCUAGAAGAAGAAGAAGAAAUGAAUGUUGAAGAGACAGCAAAGAUGGCCGAACACCGAGAACUGGACGAUGAAUCGAUUCUAGAGUCUCCGCCGAAGGACGCUGAUGAAGAGGAGCAAGAGAAGAGUGAAGCUCAGACUACAGAAAGUGAUGAAGUGGUGGUGAGGUUACCCAAACUGCAGUGGUAUUCUGAACUGCAUCCUUCAGAGUGGAUUCGGGUGGAGGUCAUUUCCCUUGGCCUCUUGUCCGAAAGCUGGCCUGCGGCCGAUGAGACCAUCCAGCAACUCUACAUCGAAUUCCACUUCCCUGGAGUUCCUCUGGAGGAAACUGAGACCCCUUUCUCUUUGCGGAAACCGAGGGGGACCCAGGAGAUCUAUUUCCACUUCAGCAAGGUGAUCAAAAUGGACACAGAUCCCGGAUGUUUUCAGAGGCAAAUGCUGCUUUCCAUGCUGGCGGCUGAGGAUCCCGAAUGGAACAAGAUGCAGUUUAUAGUGGUGAGCGAGCCUCUUCCUGGGACCAGCGGGGAAUGCGAAGACGUGGGUUUCUCCAGCGUGGACCUGCGAGAGAUUCUUCUGACUGGAAAUGACAUCUUUGAGCAAGACUUACAAGGUCUUAUUUUCGGGGUAAUAUGCUACUAA